AUGGGUAUGGUAGGAAUGAUACGUGACUACUGCUGCGACGAAAACAGUGCCAAUGCCAUUCACCACGCCGCCUCCGUCAAAUUCGGAUCCACCAUGAUCUACUCCAUCCAGCCAGGUCCGAGGAGCUGCGACCGUCCAGACGCCAAAGGCAAAAUUUCACUCGAACACGCGCUCGGUGCGAAGAACAUCAAAGCUGCCAAGCUCCUUUUCAAUCAUAUCAACACUUCCGCCUUGAAUGUUCGCAGUCUGCUGGACUUUUGCGUAAGGUCCAACAAUCUGGAGUGGGCAGAGUUUGUCCUCCAGUUUGACCGUGAGCAGUUAGUGAGCUCAAACACCCUGUUGCUGGCUGCCAGGUACGCAGACGGAAAGAUGUUCAAGUGGUUGUUCAGAAACACCGUCGACGACGGUUCCUUGGGCUCUCAAUGGAAAAAUUUCAUCUUGCACUUCGCCGCCAGCAACAAAGAGCAUGGACAAGACGUCAUUCCCCUCCUUUCUCGCUACAAGUUCCACGUGAACAAUUUGGUGGCCAAGAAAACUCCUCUGACCAUCGCUCUGGCCGACCAGAACAUCAGGGCGGCAGAGCAGCUGAUCAAGAUUGGAGCGAAUUUAAAAUUCAGAAUCGAAGGCUACAAUCUGCUGCAGAUCUGCACCAUCAACAGCCUGACGGACAGCAUGACAUUCCUGUACGAAUUAAACAAGCGGGUUUUGGUCAAGCAGUCUUCAGUAAACGGAGAAAGCAUUCUCAUGGCGGCUGCCAUGUUUGGGACCAAGGAGAUGUGCGAGUGGCUCCACGACAAGAUGGGAGAAAAGAAGGAGGCCAUCUGCAACAAGUUCAACGCGACUGUCACCCACUACGCCGCGUUCAACAAGAAACGCGGAAUUGAGAUCAUCGACUUCCUUGGUCGCGACGUUGUCCUUAAACAGGUGCACCACAAGAACCAAUUCGGCGAAACCCCGCUGCACUGCGCCCUCAAGUCGGGAAACGUCGAAGUGGCGAGCCAUUUGAUCAAGGAAUACAACGCCGACCUGAGCGUCAAAACGCGCAAAUUGAACCUGCUUCACUUCUGCGUGAUGCACAACCAGCUAGACAGCGCAAAAUUGGUCCACAAACAAAAUGGAAAGUUGAUCCUGAUCAGGGGCCCUGGAGGGAAGAAUGCUCUGCACGUUGCAGCUGAGCGUGCUGACCUGGAACUUUGCCUGUGGCUCGUGGAACAGGGCGUUAACCCGAAGCAUACGACCUGUCAGGGAGAGACCGUACUGAACCUGGCCAGGAAAAAUGAAGACGUGUGGACGUAUUUCAAUGAUCUGUCGUAG